AUUAUUGCUGGCAACUCCCACUUCUCUCCUUUUGGCCCAUUUUGAGCUGCUUCACUGUAUCUAUCUCAUUUGUUGUUUCAGGUCUCUACCCGUGUCUCUCCUUCGUUCUGUCUCUCGUUAGAUCUGCCCGCGAAUCUUGGAAACCUAAACCAAGCAUUUCCUCGACGGGCCACUUGGCGAUCUGGCCCGCCAUUGACGGCUUCUAUUGAUUUGCGAAUUGCGAUAUCCCUGAAACCCACCACUUGUACCCACCAUGGCAAACCGCCAGAUUACUCGGCGCAUCCUCAUCAGCCUUGCCAUCUCUAUAUUUCUGAUAUUCGUCUUCUUCAUCAAGCCCGACGGGCCUCCUAGCCCCGCGAUCCGUGCCCCGGGUCACAUCGACAAGUCUGCGCCGGCUGUGCUGUCGAAAGAUGACCUCACCAAGGGAGAGGUUGUGAUGCCCCGACUGGGGAACGCAACUGCCAAGGCGGAAUUGGGUCGUGCGACGUGGAAGUACUUCCACACCAUGCUUGCGCGGUAUCCCGAAGAUCCCACGGAGGAGCAGCAGGAAACGCUUCGAUCAUUCAUCUACCUUUUCGCGCGCCUCUACCCAUGCGGAGAAUGCGCAUCCCAUUUCCAAGGCCAUCUGAAGAAAUACCCGCCGCAGGUUUCGUCGCGCAACAUCGCCGCGGGAUGGGGCUGCUUCAUCCACAACGAGGUCAAUACCAUGCUUGAAAAACCGCUUUUUGACUGUAACAAUAUCGGGGACUUCUACGACUGCGGUUGUGCCGGGGAUGAAGAAGACGACCAGGAGACUGGGACGGAUAAGAAAGAUAAGGCUCAGGCCGCCACUCGAGACGAGGCCGAUGAUGCCGAAGACGCGACAUUUCCGGCCGAGAUAUCCUAGGAAGUGACGACACGGGAUGAACAGGACCCAGAAACUUUGCGUUCUGCCCGUGCACUUGGUUGCGUUGCAGAUUCGGUAUCUUAUACCCAUCACUUAUCUUCUAUAUUCCACCAGCGCAGGAUCGCUGAGUGCUUUGGACCGGGAUCAUUACAUUAGCGUAUACUCCACUACAGUCAC